UCUCAGUAACACCGCUCUUCCGGACAGAUCCUCGCUGCUCCCGGAGAGCCCGUCGUAGAUUCAACGCUGCGGUUGCAGCGAAGAGUGGGACCCAGACCAGGGGCGACCGCAACAUCUGAACUCGGAGCUGGAUCCACCCGCCUAAACAGCAAAGGAGCCUCAGGUAGCACGCCUGAUAGACCAGGAUCCACGAGUGAUCCGGAUCCUGUGACUUCAGCUCGGAAAAGGGUUCCAGGUUGGCAUUCAGCAGCCAAGGGUGACUGACAGCUGGAGCCAGUCCCUGCCGGAGCCGUACCUCCAGAGUGAGACAGCCAGAACACAAUCGCGAGUGGCAGCCUCACACCAGCAAGACCAGCGCCGGGUACCUAGUGUCGCACAGGUGGGACAUCACGCUGGAACGGCUGCCAAACAUCAUUUGUACCACACGGGAAGUGAUGACUUGCAAACCCUGCCAGAGUUGACAUGCGUCCCACACUGCCUCUCAUCUCAAUCAGAAUUGUUCCUUUUCUCCAAGAUAGCUCUCUGUAAGUCACAGCCGGCCUUCUUGUAAAGUACUGGAUCACCAAACUUGAAUGCCACAUAUCUAGCCUUCAGCAGACUACAAAUCUCCUGGUUCAUCAAUGGAUUUUGAUUCAGACAAAGAAUUAUUAAACCACAUCAUGGAUGCAAGUUUUGACCGUAGAUUCAAAACACUUAGCUGGCAACAAGUUCAGAGCUUGGACCAAGUCUUAACAGAAGUAAUACCAAUUCAUGGAAGAGGCAAUUUUCCCACCUUGGAAAUAAAGCCAAAAGACAUAAUUUAUGUUGUGAAGGAUCGGCUCGAAGAGAAUGGGAUUAUGGUUCAUGACAUUCGACUCAAUGGCUCCACAGCAAGUCACAUCCUUGUGAAUCAAAAUGGAACAAGUUAUAAGGAUCUUGAUGUUAUCUUCAGAGUUGAAUUGGUUGGGGAGGAAGAGUUCCAGAUGGUAAAGACAGUGGUAUUAGAUUCUCUCCUGGACUUUCUACCUCAUGGUGUUAAUAAAGAGAAGAUCACAGGACUUACUCUGAAAGAGGCCUAUGUUCAGAAAAUGGUUAAAGUUUCCAAUGAUCAUGAUCGGUGGAGUCUCAUCUCCUUGUCUAACAACAGUGGGAAAAAUGUUGAGCUAAAAUUUGUUGAUUCCUUGCGUCGCCAAUUUGAAUUUAGUGUAGACUCUUUCCAAAUAAUUCUAGAUUCACUGCUAUCUCUUAUCAACUGUGCACAAGACAUUAUAACAAUGGAGUCUUAUCCAACUGUUGUAGCAGAGAGUAUGUAUGGGGAUUUCCAGGAAGCAAUGGAUCAUCUGAAGUACAAACUAAUUGCUACUAGAAACCCUGAAGAAAUUCGUGGUGGAGGCUUGCUUAAAUACAGUGAUCUCCUGGUUCGAGAAUUUAAACCAGCAUCUAAUGCAGAGAUCAAAAGUUUGGAGCGUUACAUGUGCUCAAGGUUUUUCAUUGAUUUCCCAGAGGUAUCUGAACAGCAAAGAAAAAUUGAAUCCUACUUAAGGAACCAUUUCAUUGGGGAAGAGGAAAACAAAUAUGAUUACCUAAUGACUUUGCACCAAGUUGUGAAUGAAAGCACUGUCUGUCUGAUGGGACAUGAGAGAAGACAGACAUUGAACAUGAUCACCCUUUUGGCUCUUAGGGUGCUAGGUGAACAGAAUAUCAUACCGAAUGCUGCUAAUGUCACUUGCUACUAUCAGCCUGCCCCUUAUGUCAGUGACCGGAGCUUUAGUAAUUACUACAUAGCACACAGACAGCGGCAACUUGUGUGUCAGCCCUAUUUACUCCACAUCAAUAUGCAGACUAGUAUGGUUUAGUUUUAAAACAAAUUCAAAUAUCAGACUUUGAACUACACCCAGGCUUUUAAGUCUCAGAGAGCUGAAGGAAGAGGAAGGCUGUAUUUGAUUCUGUUGAUGACUGAGGAUACACGCUAAUUUCUGGGUAACCCACAUUUAAGCUGGGCUGCAAAUGGAUGACCAAACUAUAUGUGUGCCACAUUAUAAACUUAAAUGCUUAGUUGGUAUGAAAUAAUCUCAGAACUGAUUAAGCACAGACAGGAUUAUAAUAGCAGGGAAUGGGUUUUUUUCUGUAAACUGUUAAACCAAUACAGAUGUAGAAAGAUAUGUUAUUAACUUAAGUUAGAUCAUCUAAAUUGCAGCCCUUUGUACUUGUGUUUUGGUGAUUGUGGUUAAGAUCACAAACGCUUUUCCAGUGAAAAUGUAGUUACCGAAGUGUAUCAAUGAUCAGAAAUACUGAGUGCAUUGGGAAUAACCACUUCAUACUUGAAGUGUUGUGGUUACAUAAGAGUAAUUGGCAACACAAAGUGCAUGUAGGAAUAAUUCCCCAAAUGUGAAAUGAUCAUGCGAUCAAGAAAUCAUUUAUUAACCAAAGAGUCUUUGUAAAUAAUGUGUCACCCAAGUGCCUAAGCUAUGUUGAUAGGUCAUUAAAGCUAAUUGAAUAAUCAUUUCAGGACAUGCCAUUUGGACUGAGACAGUAGCUUACAAGGUCACUGCCCUUGUGAUAAAAGCUUGCAGCUCAGAAUUCAGUACACCAUGAAUGGGGCAGUAUAUGGACGCAGUGUG